GGGGGUCCCAUGUGCAUGUGACUAUAGAACCUUUCGACAUCUUCAAUUUUCAUGCACAUUACUUCUAUUCACUGUUGGCAUUAGCAUUAGCCCGCACGGCGUAGCUACAUCUAGCGUACGCGUUGCAACAUUGCACGCAUGAGCACAGGUUCGUUACACGCUAUAGAUUUAGUAGAGGCAAAGCGUCGCCCAUGGACGUGCCAGCAACCCCAGUGCACCAAGGUUGCUUCUGCAUGCAGCAAUGUCGCUGACAGUGCGGAGCUUAUGGCCUGGGCGGAGGAAGCCGCGGAAAGAGACCCCCGAGGAGGCUCGGCAGCGAUACCUCCGUGAAAUCCUGCGUCGAGAGCUCGAGGACAAGAAGCGCGUUGAGCGCGAGAUGCACAACGUACGUGUGUACGGCAUUGUAAAGUUCAGGCGAAUCACAUAGCAUUCUCACACCAGGGAGCUCUCUGUAUUGUGAUUCUGCAGCUUGUGAAGCAGAUCAACGCACUCAUCUUGAAAGACCGCAAGAGCUUGGUGGCCUACCAGCGCGUACGUUGACAGUCAUGGAUUGAAACUUCAGGACAGCUUUGAGCUCAUGACGUUUUGAGCUGCGAACAGAGAGUCAAGGAUGAAGACCCGCGCAGCGUCUUCUACUACCGCAUGCUGCGUCGCGUGGGUCUGCCGGAAGUGCAUGCUCGCUUCGCACCAUGGUUCCUCAAGUCGAACCAGAUCCAACUCAACCGCUGGAGCGCCGUGCUGUUUAACCGGCUCGAGCAGGCCUUCUUCGCAGUACCGGAUCAACUCUCCACUGUCGAAAUCCGCAUGCUCGCGCACCAAAAGCACUAUGAUGCCAUCAUGAAGCCCCCACCGAAGGAUCUGGCGGCGCCAGACCCAUCGAAAGCCCUCGAGCCGCGCCAAAAGAGCCAAAUUCUGCUUCAACGGGCAUUUCGAGACUGCUCUUUUCACGUUGAUGAGGACAUUGCUCGCAGGCGGCAGCAGCAGGCGGCGAUCACCGGGGUGAAAAAGCCUCCUCCGAAGCCCAAAAACCCUGAAACAAGCGACAACCAAGAGGACGAGGUCGACAAACUUGAAAUCAUUCCGGAGGUGGCAAUGGUCAACGCUCCACCAGGUUUGGCGCCACAGGUUCGAGGUCAGCUCGAAUCUCACGGCAAGCACACGUUUUACACGUACAACGGGCGCUGGAAAGAUGGAGAAAUGCAUGGCGCUCUUGGAGUUUACUCGUUCGCUGAUGGCGGCAAGUAUCGCGGCGGGUUUGCCCACAACGUACCAAGCGGGAAUGGAACGGUGGUGUACCCGAACGGUGUCAAGUACACUGGUGCGUUUGCAGACGGCAAGUUCCAUGGCUUUGGUGUGAUGGAGAUGGAGCGUGGGUUCCGCUACGAAGGGGAGUUUGUUCGAGGCCAGCGUUGCGGGGUCGGCAAGCUGCAGAUGCACCAGAGUGGAGCUGUGUAUGAAGGUGAAUUCUACAACAACAUGCGUCACGGCGAGGGAACGGAGACGAGCGCUCUUGGAUACUCGUACACUGGAACGUGGCGCUGCAAUCGCAUUUAUGGCAAGGGGCGACUGUUUUGCCCCGACAAACGCGAAGUCUUUCGCAAGGACUGGCCGCCGUUGCUACUUGGCGAGGCCAUACGUCUCGUGAAGCGAGAGCACGCUGAGGCUAGCUGGACACAGGAACUCUGGUACCGGAAGCUGUUGCGGGUGCGUGACGACCUGCGCGCGCUAGACCUGCAGUACGCGUUCUGGGAUGCCGAAGAAGCCCGCAUGGAGCGUGAGGAGGCAGAACGCAUUGACAACUUGAAGCGCGCCCGCCGCGAGAAGCGUGAGGCUCAGAUUGCAGCCAAGAAGGCUUUUAUGGAGCAAGUUCAGCGUGAGGCGGAGGGCAGCAACAACCACGGCAGCGACGACGAUGAUGAUGACGAUGAGGAUGAGGAUGCCAGUGAAGACGAAGGUGGUGAUGGCGAGGAAGCGGAUGAUGACGAUGUCGGAGAGGAAGAGGACGACGAGCCUAACGAAGAGGAAGACACAACUUGAACGCCGUGGCGAAUGUUUGAAAAUUAACGAGCAUUUCAGUUCAUGAAAUACCUUGCAUUGGUUGUUGCUUUGAUUUGUAUGUGGGCAUGCCUGUGGAGGCAUGCCGUACUGGGUCGGCGAGAAGUGUUCACGCGUCUUCACUAUAUCCAUGACGGCUGGCAGCUCGAAAUCGCUUGAUACCGCACGGUCCUGGUGGCUUAGCUCCGUCGCUCAGUCGUGUCAACGCCGCCGAGUUUCUCGAGUUCAUCGUUAAUUUCCUUCAGGUCCUUCGACUCGAACGCCAUGGCAUCACCACCCGUUGCACCAGCCGCGGGCGUGGGGCCGCUGAAGGGCAUUCCCGACGCAACAGCCGAGACGACCGAAGGCGGGACCACGCUUCCCACGGCAGAAAUCGGGUUGGGGACAUGGCUGAGAGGCGAAUUCGAGAUAAUCUGUCCUGCCAGAGGGCCCGCAAGCGACGUCACGGCCGAGAACACCGACUGCAGCCCAAUGCUGGCCAUGCCAGCCACGUCAUUCAACUGUGAUGCAAGCGAAUCAAAGAUAAGCAGCUCGUUAGUUCAUCCACCUUCAACACUAACGGCAUCCAAAACACUCACGUUCUGCGGCACUUCGCCCAAUUGAAUGGUCUCAUCGACACGGCGGUCCAGGAACGCCCAAGUGUCCUGGAAGUUGGGCGACUUGUCGCUGAGCAUGAACAGUUCCGUGCUGGCGUAGAUACCCGUGAGAAUAGCACGCUUGGUGUACCAGGACAUGUCCGUGGACUUGUCGCCAGCGAAGUACCAGAUCUCGUCCGAGAUCUUUGCCAGUCUCUUCGCCGUCCCGGGGGCGUUCUGCGGCAACGCACCCGCCGCCAUACCCUGCGGCCACGUCGCCAUCACCGGUUCAAUCAUCUGGAGGCGCGUGCGAACACCGAACUUGAGGCGCUCGGCCACCGUCAUGGCCUGCAGCUGCUCCGUGUUGACAAUGAGCGUCUCGCGCAGCUUGAUGAGGCAUGAGUCCAUGAAGUACUCCACCAGCUCAAUGGCUCCACGCGGGAACAUGCCGUGGGCCACCGACGGGUAGCCGAGGUCCGUAGCGCCAGCAGCCAGAGCCUCAAUGGUCCAUCUAUUGAGCACAACAAACAAUGAGAUAACAUCCCGCAACGUUAAAUUUGAGGAUAUCUCAGCUUGUAGAGCGAAUUUGGAGGCCGGAAAGCGACGCACCCAUGCACGGCGACGUGGUUCAUUGCCUUCUCCAAGAUGCGCUGCUCCGGGUCGAUGGAAGACUCCGGCCUCGUCGUUUCUUCGCUGCUGGCAGUCGACUGCGUGGUCAGGAGACGGAUCUGAGCCGCAGCGGGUGCCGCCUGGAAGCACUGACGGCCAGCCACCGACGUGGAGACGGCGCACACAGCGCUGCGCUUGCUUCCGACAGCAGCGGCGAGACGCGCGGAGCGGCGGAGGAGGUUCCUGGACGCCAUGAUCGCGAGCUAUUGAGUCAGUUGGUCACUUGAUAGCCCCCCGUUUCAAGUGUGUGUUUUUCCCCGUCUAAAGAUUCUGAUGAUUGGCUGAUGGGAUAUCAUAAAACAGUAUGUAGUCAAGAACUUAUUAUUCAUGUGCGAAACAACGUCAGUGACUGGGGGGGGGGAAUCCAAAGCGCUAUUCGCCACUUCUUCGUGCCCGUCACUAGAGACCAUGGACGUCAUCUCCGUGGGCGCUUCGCUCGGCGCGGGUCAGGAUGGAGAUGACACGAGAAGCAAUCCUAGGCGGGACUCUUUCCGUUCUACCUGGGAGAGUUGAAGAGCUUUGUUGCUUGGAGUCCAAAUAGAUGUUAUACCGGCUUGGAGUCCUAGGCAUAAGCUUACGGCAAAUACCAAAGCUCAUACAGGCGAUGACCGUAAAGGUUAAAAAUAAUAGAUAGAGGUAUAUUAUUCAAUGUUUAGAGCUCGGAUGAAGUGUCCGCUCUUUGGUAAGUAGGUUUAGAUACGUUCUAGGAUGAGGCGAAGGGAGUUAAAGACCUUCAAGCUGAUGUCUCGAAGAGGAACUUGUAGAGUUGUCGAGGGAGCUUCUCUUGGCAGGGGCAGGCUUGCGAGUCGAUCACUGGGCACGAGACUGCCAGUUGCAGCAAGGACUCGAUGAAGCGCUGCACCGCCUUGGUUCGCUGCCGCUGUGGAAGCAUCCAGGUCAGCAGUGCGCCCGGUAGCACCGCUCCAAAGAGCAGGUAGCGUGUCACUUCGCUGCAGAACUUGCAGUUCAUGUACAGGUGAGGUCCCGUGUGGCAGAACUCGUAGAGCUCGUCGCGCAGUGCGACAAAGUCGGAGAACUGCUUCCCGACGUGGACGUCCGCUUGGUUGAAGAGUGCGGUAGACUGGUGUCCUUGCUCCAGGACCACCGCAGAGGCGGCAGUCUUCAAAGUUGUAGGGAUGCGGGUCGUGGACUGCGAGUUGGUGUACACGUCGAUGACAUAGCUUCGAGUGUUGUUCUCACUCCGACAAACUUGCACCCGGCGGAUCUGCUUGAGCUUGGUCAGGAUCUUC